AUGCUGUUGCUGCUCCUCUUUCCAUACUCCAAUGCCAAGCCACUGCUGCUCCUCCCCGCAUGCCAUGGUGCGGGCUACGAGCUGAUGCUGCUUCUCCUCUCCCAUGUCCUCCUCCCUCCUCUACAACAAACGUGCUCGAGGCGCAGCUCAGGCGUUCGUCCAUGGGCAAGAUUCUCGGGCGAAGCGCAACACCCGUAGACCAGUCGAGCUCUCGGAGGAAGGCGCCGCACUUCCUGCACCGGUCACCCUGCCUUGACAGCGCGGACCGUGUUGUCCGCCACGAGCACCAAUAGACGCGUGUGCAUCUCCACGGGCACGUGGCCGCCGCCGCCGCCGCCAUGCCGGCCUCGCCGAGCAUCUCUAGCGAGCUCCCCACGAAAGGACCAAGGGAUCAUGCCAGAUGUGGCGCACGGAGGGUGCCGUCCAUGGUCCGAGACUCCGAGCCCGGGGACGUGGUGGCUGUACAUGGCGAGCUCGGUGACGGGAGCGAGCUCGGACCACGACGUCCUUCUCCAUGCAUGCGGCAGUAGAAGCAGCAACAGCAGGGCGCCCAGGUGCUAGAGCGAGCACGCACGCACACAACACACACAGAGCACUCAUGCACACACGCACGCCCAGGCACACGCACGCCUAUCAGGCUAGCAACCAUCAGGCACGCCCAGGUACUAGAUCACGCACGUACACAACGCACAUAAGCACGCCAAGGCAGACAUCCGUUGGCUGUCCGCCUCGAGUGGCGCCGCCGCUCCCCAAGCAGGUGCUCCAUGAGCAGACCGGUGGCUGUAGGUCGAGCCCGGCCACCGCGCGCUACCUCAUCGUUUCCUCAUCCAUUUUCCGCGUCGGGCGAGUAACAAGGCCGACGGGGGCAGAGCCAUGGCCACCUCCGCCGGAGCAACAACGGCGGCGGGAGCUCCAUCUCUGCCUCAUGUCUUCCCGCCCAGAGAUGUGCUCGGUCGGGGUGAACUGAGUAGGGCAGGGGUAGUUUCGACAUUUUACAGUGGGCCCAUCUUGUUAGGGGCAAAUCAUCAAAUUUUUGUCAAAGGUGUGGCAAAAGAUUAAUGUCAAUGAAAACAAGGGCAAAUCCUAGAAGUGCAAGCAAAGCGAUUGCCAUAUUUAGCUACGAGAUGGUGAAUCUAUCGCAGCAUCCUCUGCUGGCCUUGUCGUCGUCGUCGUCGUCUGCCUACGAACAUCAUAUACAAACAAAUCAUGGAUCUGUAUCUGUUGCAGUGUAUGGUGAUCAUGACAAGCCUGCUCUUGUUACUUGUCCAGAUGUUGCUUUAAAUUAUAUGUCUUGUUUCGAAGGAUUACUCUUCUGCCCUGAAGCUGCUUCACUGCUGCUUCACAAUUUUUGCAUUUACCAUAUCAGCCCCCCAGGACACGAGUUGGGAGCAGCUCCAAUUUCACCGAAAACACCUGUACCAUCUGUUGAUGACUUGGCGGAUCAGGUUGCGGAUGUUCUUGAUUUCUUUGGAUUAGGUUCUGUUAUGUGCUUAGGUGCCACUGCGGGUGCUUACAUUCUUACUCUCUUUGCAGCAAAGUGUAGGGAGCGUGUAUUAGGUCUUGUACUUGUUUCACCCCUAUGUAAAGCUCCCACAUGGACUGAGUGGUUUUAUAGUAAGGUGGAGUCAAAUUUGUUGUAUUACUAUGGGAUGUGUGGGUUGGUCAAGGAAAGCUUACUGCAGCGGUUCUUCAGCAAGGAAGUAAGGGGAUGCUCUGAGUCACCUGAAUCAGAUAUAGUGCAGGGUUGUAGAAGUUUGCUAGAUCAGCGGCAGAGCAUGAACGUGUGGCGGUUUGUAGAGGCAAUGAAUGGGAGAUAUGAUUUGACGGAAGGGCUGAAGCAGCUUCAGUGUAGAACCCUUAUUUUUGUUGGCAAGAAUUCUCAGUUCCACGUGGAGGCUGUUCACAUGACAGCAAAGCUCGAUAGGAGAUAUUGUGCUCUAGAUGAGGUGCAAGCAUGCGGGUCACUCGUGACGGAGGAGCAACCUCAUGCAAUGCUUAUACCGAUGGAGUACUUCUUAAUGGGGUACGGCCUCUACAAGCCAAGCGAGCUCGACUGCAGCCCGCGCAGCCCCCUGAGCCCAUUUUGUAUAUCGCCGGAGCUCCUUUCGCCUGAGAGCAUGGGAGUAAAGCUAAAGCCAAUCAAGACACGAGCGCGGCUUCAAGUGUAGAGCAAGUGAAUAAGGGCGGCAUAGGUGUUUGCCAUUUAGGGUGAAAUUUCUGGGCUAACAUGUGGAUCGGUGAGAUAUUUGUGUUACUACUGUUAUAUGUAGAUAAGAAAUGAUAGGUUGGGUAGGUUGGCGGUAUUCUAUUCCAUUCCAUUGAUUUUUAGCCUGUAAAUUGUUAUACUCCACUUGCUACAUUGUUGAUUAAAGCAAAA